CUGCCCUGCGGCGGACCAGAUCCAGCGAACGCGAUGCGGUGAUCGCCAUCGUCGAUAUUGCUACCCGGGAUGUUCCCCACAAACCAGUGACAGACCGAACGAAACUUCGGUUCCGUUCUACGCGGUGCAUCCGGAUCCACCAUAAACAGGGUGUAGUAAGAAUCCGCUUCCGCCGACCACUCGAUCUGUGGUUGAUCCUUAACUUGUGUUGGAGUCAACUCAUUGCCGCCGUUUGCCACCACUCCACUUGGAUAGCUGAUCUACGAUUAAGAAGCAUUUUUAUAGACGAGGCGUAAUCCGUAAACUAUACAAGCCUUGAAUAUGAUCAUCAGAAGAGAGCUUUUCGUAUGUAUUGGUGUUCUACUUUCUGCUAAAAUAUUGUCUGCAGCUAUUGUCUUACAAACAUAUUUCUAUUGAUAAACAAUUUGCAAAGUUUACAAAGCCCGAAUGCAAAUGACAAAUAAUACACUCACCUUGGCCAACUCAGCGGGUGCAGCGUCAAUCACGUCCGGAAUAACUUCAUGGUCGGAAAAUAUUUUCUGCACCGUCAUAGCUACAGAUUCAUUAGCAUCACUUGUAGCAGCGGAGGAACGACUGAUGAAUUGCGCUAGAAUACACACCAACGUAAUAGUGAGCUCUAAGGCGCUAGACGACAUGGUUGUUCAGUUCGAAGUUUAGCGCUUAUCACAAUUUGCGUGCACUGAUAGCGAGAACAGCGUUGAUCAACUCGUCCAAUCACUUCGAAAGCCACGAAAUGAAAAAAUGACAAUCCAAUGUCGCUCCAGUCAUAAGUGGAAGCAAAUGAAGCACAGACAGGUGGGAUGGGGAUAGGGAGAGAGAGAGAGAGAGAGAGAGAGAGAGAGAGAGAGAGAGAGAGAGAGAGAGAGAGAGAGAGAGAGAGAGAGAGCUUACGAUUAAUCACGAUACGACACUCCAGCGAGAGUACGUUUUACUUCUAUCUACAUAUAUCCCGCACAUUCUCGUCGCCAAGGGAGUUUUCGUCUAAAUCUUGCUUUUGAAAAUUGCGUUCUCUCAAUUCGAACCAGUCAUUAUUGUAGCUAAAUAUCCAGUUCUGAGUAUAAAUUGCAUAUAUUUUUAAAAUUAAAAAGUUGCAGGAAACCGGUUAUCAAUUUUAACAGCUUGCUAACAUUUACAGGCUUACCUACAUUGACUAUUCAUGCAGGUUCAUGAUCUCAGACUCGUAAUAUUCCCACAGUCGUGUUUUCCUGUGCCAAAACGUUGUACCUUAAUCGCGCACUUCCCUAUUUGCGCUGGGGUGGGAAGUUGUUCAAAAAACCGAACCUAAACAUUUUACAAAAGAAUGAAUAAAAAACACUAUUGGUGAGAAAAUCCAGUGAAUAAGUUCUUGAUUAUCUUCAAACAAUGCUGCUAGUGAGAUUCUUGUGCUUCAAAAUUUCAAAAUUCAUUAACAAGUUUAACUAGUACCAAAAUCUAUGGUUGUACAGGCAGUAAAUGAUAAAUUAGAAGCCUAAAAUGCAAGUUUUUUCAGCAAACAAUAAGCUUUUCUCGAAGAUCUCUAGGUAGAUAGUUUAGUUACAGCUUUCGUUUAACCGGUUUAACCGAAAUUUCUAAACGCGACUAUUGGAAUUGAUCGCAGCUAACUGAUGCUGGUUCGGUUCUAAGUAAAAUAUUUAUAUUUAAGAAAUAAAAACAUUGCAGGAAUCCGGUUAUCAGUUCUGUAAGAUUGCAUGCAUUUACAGACUUAUAUUGGCUGCCGAAGCAAGUUCAUGAUCUCAAACUCGUUACAUUUCCUUAGUAGUUUUUCUAAACCUUAAUUUUGUAUAACUGGAUAUGACCACUGACAGACCACUCAGACUUCUAAAGAGGUUUCAAAUUGGUUAAGUAAUCAUUCUAACCUACAACGUUCGUUGAUGACUGUAUAGCCAGCUGAUUUUCUUGGUCUUCUUUGGAUUUAAACGCCACCACUUCUCCCACCUAAAACGUACGUCGUACAGAUUCAUUAACUAGCUGUUGCGUGUUUUGUUUAGCGCCAGGCGGAGUAUUUCACAUUCACUCGAUUCGAACCGUAAUUUCUCUUCAUCAUGUAGCUAGUAACAUUUUGCAGAUUUUCCACCUCUGCAUGGUCACAAGCAGAAAACUCUCUUUUAGGCUAGAACCAGUUUUGUGCAAUUCUUGCAAUGAACCCAUCGGGCAAAACCUUUAAAAGAAGGCCACCGCAGCAUUCGCCUCUGUUAGUUUUUUGAGUUCAGUUCGCCCUGUCACGUUGGUUUGUAAACGCGCACGUUUUAACAUAAAAUGUUACGGUUAAUCGCAGUGUCCCUGAUUGUGUUACUGCUCGGAAUCCGUUGUUCGGAAAUCCUAAACGAUGCGCACAUCUAUCGCGCUUUUGCUGCGAAUGAAAUUGUGCCGGAUGUAGUUGAAGAAGCUCCCGACUGUUGGUUACGCGUGGCGUUUAAAAGUGGGCGCGAAGCGGAAGGCGGCAAUCGACUAACACCUACCCAAACUAGGAGCAUUCCUUCGCUAACGUUCAAUUCGAACAAUCGCUCGUUUUACACAUUGAUUUUGACUGAUCCGGACGCACCCAGUCGAGACGAUCCGAAACAUCGUGAGUUUGUGCACUGGAUAGUCGGAAAUAUUCAGGGAAACGAUAUGGAUCAUGCCGAAACCAUCGUGGAAUACCUUGGUGCUGCACCGCCAAGAGGAACGGGACUGCAUCGGUACGUUUUCUUGUUGUACGAACACCAGAAUCGGCUGAAUUUUACCAACGAAGUAAAAUUAUCAAACCGUUGCCGGAACCCGAGGCGCUAUUUUUCCACCCGGAACUUUGCCAGAAUUUAUGGUCUGACAAAUCUGUGGGCGGGAAACUUUCAUCAAGCGCAGUACGAUGAUUACGUACCGGUGCUGCAAGGACAGCUCUCUGAAUGUACGCUGAUCGAGCAGAACGGCCCGAGGAAUGGAACCGCAUUCGGCGGUUUCUAAAUGUUCCUUUCAAUGAGUAACUAGUGGCAACUUUUUUCUCAUUUGCGAUUAUGUAUAUAUGGUAGUAAAAUAAAUCUAUC